AUUCCAUCAUUGGCCUUAAAAACAUUACGGUACUGCCUUCCAUAUUCAUUCAGGAACUAGGUACAUCUAUGAAACAAAAACAGACAGACUUUCUUAAGCAAAUAGUGCUAUGGCCAUUGUACAGUCUAUCGCAAGUCACUGCUCACAUUUUGCCACACAAGUCGACUUUAUUCUGCGCAUGUAAGGCUGAAUUUCGCUUAUCGUUUGAGCAGUAACUUGCUCUCGGCUGUACUUUCAUUAGCACGUUUCUCUAAAACAAUUUGUCGUUAUUUACACAAAGGUUGUAAUUUUAUGCUAAUAUGUUUAAAUACGUGGGUCCAUUGUUUUUGAGCUGCAUGCCAGUUGUUUCUUGGAAUACGAAAGGACUGCUAUUUUGUAUCGCUUCUCCUAUAUUACUAAUGUAAGUAAGUGUUAUUUUCAUAUAGACUUCGAAUUGCGAUACUUUCGUGUCAGUUUUUGUGUCCACGCGCUUAGUGAUUACAAGUGCGCUUGUUAUUACUGCGCGUGCCGUGCUGUGGGUUCGAUUCUCGCUUGAGACAAAUAUUUGCGUGGUCGAUUAUUGUUUGUUACUAGUUCGGUAUUCUUUCAGCUUGUAAUUUAAAUGUCAAGUGCGGGAUUUGUUUUAAUAAAUCAAGUGUCGUGUAAUUAUAUGUAGAUUUAUAGAAAAAUAGUAAGAGCAACUACAAUUAAUAAACCCAGUGAAAACACUAAAACAUUAGCUACAAAACAAUACUAAAGUUGGCUAGAAACUUAACUACAUAUAACACAUUAUUAAAAAGUAAAUUAUAUGUGAUAAGUAUUAUUUCGAUUUCUUUUUCAGGAAAAAUGUGGUUGUACCAAACAAUCCUGUCAUUAAUCGUAUUCCUUGAUCACGUGACAUCAGAUAACUCAUUCAUAUCUAGAUCGAGGGACAAUGGGACCGCACUUAAGGUUUUAUCUCGUAAAAAGAGAUUUCUGAUCUUUCCUGAUGGCAGCUCCGUACAAUUGGUAUUCUGUACGCAAAACCACGGGUAUCUACAACUGGGCAACAUAGUUUGGUUUGGUAACACUGCGGCUUUAGCGUGGGAGUUGCCGACAGACCCCGCAGUAUUCGACAUUCUCAAAGAUGGGAAGAGGGUAUUCGAUGGAAAGAGGAGGAGUGAUAUCUUGUACUACUUAGACGAAGAUGGAAGGGUAGUGGACAAAGUUCAAUACAAAAGGAAAAUAAUAGUAAAUCCAGCAUUCGCUAAAAGAAGUGUAGAUGCAGCUGAACAAAAACCGUUUCUUACGAAAGAAAUCAUAACGGAAAUGCACAAUAGGCAGAAAAAUAAUAGCCUCUUAAAUUAUUUAGACACAACGAAGCUAGAUUUCCAUAGGAAAGAGAGACAUAAACUUUAUGUUAAACUCGAGAAGGUUUUGCAAACGCUUGGUUGGGACGGUAAAGAGUGCAUCCUGCGGAUGCUGUGUGAGACAGGCCAAGGAAGAAAUGAUCAAGGAUCGUUUGUUGAAGAAAUUGCCAGGGCCGUAUUUACAUUACCCAAAGUCCCGGAGUUGGUGUCCAAAGUUCAUAAGCAGUACGACGACGCCCACGGGGCCAAUGGAGACUGUGCAGAACUGUACCCGAAUUGUGAGACAGCUAUGUGAUAAUGUUGUUAUAUUUUCAAUUGUUUAUUUUAGGUUAUACUGUUAAUAAAAUUUCUGAUGAAGUGUUGA